UCAAAGUUUAGUUAGCGGUGUGUUUUUAUUAUUAGAAAUUUGGUACUAGUAUUGGAAGUUUGGCGAAAGAAGUAAUAAACUAUUUUGUUUAUACUUAUUUUGGGUUAAAGAUGCCACAUCCUGGUGUUAAAAGAUACAAAGUCAAAUGCAAAGUCAAGAACUGUUCACAUUCAAUUUUUGAUAAUGACUAUCGGAUGACACAUAAUCGAAUUUAUCAUUUGGAUUAUAUCCGAAACCAUAAAGGGAUACCUUAUGAGAAGUAUGGCGCACCACGAAACCCUUUUGAAACCAAUUCGGCAAUAAAUUCCCAAUUGUGCAGCAAAAUAAGUUUGUCUAAAAUUAAUUUCAAUGCCCAAAAACUUUGCCCAAGCAACAUUACAAAUGAAGUGGAAAUGAAUAUCAAUGAAAAUCUGACAAAAAUCUUUGAAGCAAUUGAAAAUGAAUCAUCUGAAAUUGAAUGUGAGAUAAUAAAUGAGAGUAAAAACAUUGAUAUUACUAAUGAUGAAAUACUAGCAGUGCCUGAAAUUUUUGAUUUCUGUGAUCAAACUCUGUUAGUAGAAUCCCAACCGAGUGAUGUUAAUUUAUUGGAAAAAGAAACUACGUUUUCAGAUUCGGUGGGUAUAUUUGCAAAGCUGUGUAAACUUUUAAGUGAGUGCGAAUUAAAACUAGAUGAAGUGAAAAAUACAGACAAUUUACAUUUGGAAAAACUUCUCAUUGAAAUGACAGAGCUUGCUUCUGAGGUAAAAAUUUCAGCAGAGAAUGUUUUGGAUGCCAAUGACCAAGCUCUUGCAAACAUUUUAAACAAAAGAAAAUAUGAUAAUAUUGAAACACUUACUACAAAAAAUUUCUUUCUUUCGCAUGAUCCUGACCAGCGUUCGAAAAUUGAAAAUGAUAAUCUAAGAAACUAUCUAAUUGAGCUUGGACCACAUCAAGUAAAACUUAAUAACUUUCCUAUCAAUAAAGAUAUUGACAAAAGGAAGCAAAAUCGUUUUUCAUCAUUGUGGUACAAAGAAUACCCUCACUUAGAGUACAGCAUACUUAAAGAUAGCGCAUUCUGCUAUGUAUGCUGUCUCUUUCCAAAUAGACCAGGUAGAGAGAAUAGUGAAGUUGCUUGGGUUGAAAACGGUAUCCGCACGUGGCAUAAAAUGAAGAGUCGAGGUAAGAAAGGUAAAAGAGGAAAACUAUCAGAACAUUUUUCAUCAAAAUCUCAUAAUUAGACUAUUGCAAUUAUUGUAAUAGUGCUCAACAUAUUAAUCUCCUCUUGGACAAGAAACAAAGACAAAUUGUUAUUAGUGAAAAAGAAGAAAUGGA